UCUCUUCUUUUAUGCAAACCCACUUUCAAUAUGGCGGCAGGUCCACGGUGGAAGUUUUGAAGCUGUUAUGCUGCAUUUCCAGUCGCGUUUCCGAGUAUGAGCGUCUGCUGGGUCCGUCUACAAAAAUCAUUUUCCAGUUGCUUUGGAAUACAUAACGCCAAAAUGUGUACAUAGUCCUGGACAUCAUUCCUAUUUUCAGCUUAAGGCUUCUGCUCCAAAGAAUGCAAAGUGACUGCAUGCUGGCUUUGUCCUGCAUAACCUCUCGGGUUCAUAAGCUGCCUUUCAUCUCUCGAGAAGGUGUUAUUUACAUUGCAGUAUGGAUUUUAAUUACAGCUAGUGUUUUUGAAGCAGCAGUCAUGGAUGAAGACAAAUCAGAGAUGGAUGCAGCAGCCACACCUUGCUGGCAGGUGGAAGAGUUUGUAGUUUCUAAAGAAUGUGCCAAAUGCACCCCUUACGAAUCUAAGUCUUCAUCAGCCUGUAGCAUGACAGGUUAUGUUGAAAUUAUCAGAUGUCCCAAAUCCAAGAGAGAUGAGUACAAAAGCUGUCGUUCUGCUGUAAUGGAGGAGCAUCUAUUCUGGAAGUUUGAAGGUUCCAUGGUUGGACUGACUGUCAUUUUUGCAGUCUUAGUGGUGUUUCGACAAAGAGCAUUGGACCGACUUGCUUCAGAAAAAGUGCGCAAGCAGAUUGAAUCUAUUUAAGUCCUAUGGAGACUUUGGGAUUUACUAGUCUAUACAAUGAACUUCUUCAUGGAUUGUUGAAUUCUUUUUAAUGAACAGGAACUCUGGUGUAAACAAAGACUUUUGCAAUGUGUUGUAACAUUUAGAAAUGCCAUAACUUGUGGCCACUUUUAUAUGAUUUGCUACUCAAUGUAGCUGUUUUUGCUUGAUUGCCAUGAUCUCUUUUUUGCUUUCUCAGUUACAAUUCUGCAAAAAUUCAUAUUUACAAGGGCAAACAUCUCCAUUUUGGUAGCACAAAAUGAUAUAUGACAAAUUAUGGAGAUUGAAAUUUCUUUUCCAUUUUUGUUUUUAAUGGUUCUAAAAUGUCUGGUUUUCUUAAGCAGUCAUUUAAUUUCAGAGACAAAACAAAUCUAACGAUGCACUCAUUCCAUUUCUGCCAGAUAAAAGUAUGUUUAGAAAUUCUGUAAGAUCAUGGGUUUUUAUUGCUUAGUCUCUUCACUUUUAGAUUUAUUUUUCUUUUACCAGAGAUCAGACAAAAAUGGUUUUGCUAAGAAUUACAAAAGGUUUAAAUGGAAAUGUAAUUUAAAAUAGCCUUUAACUUUUAUUGAUUUCAUUCUGUAUGCAAUAUAUCUUUAUUUAAGCAUCGUGUUGGUACCCUUUUAAUAACAUGAGUUUUGUUUAACGGACACAUUGUUCUGUUCUUUAAAGAUACAGAUUUACUAAUUAAUUGCAGCUUUUAUUUUUCAUCCUUGUGCUUUGUAAUGGGUGUGGUUCCUUCCCAGGAUCCAGUGCUUCUAGGAUACACUUCAGCCACCAGAAACUGUGAACUGGAUAAACCAGGUAAUAAAAUGGAUGGAUAGAUGGAGAACCCACUUGUAUAGAAGUUAUUAGAGUUUCAAGUAUUUGAUAUAUAUAACAUUGCACAGGCUUUAUUUGUUCCCAUCAAUGGGUUUUCAGAGUUUUUAUUACUUUAGGACCUUGAACAUUACUACAACAAAUUUAAUAUUUAUAUAAUGAGGAGUAUAGGAAUGCUUCUUGUAUUAAUUUUGCCUUGUGACUGAGGAGUAUAGAGAUGUUUCAUUUUCUGAAGUGUUAAACCAGAUUAGUCCUAAUCACUGUCCUAAUCACUGUUUUGGGAAAGCAAUCAUAUGAGAUCUAGAAAUCAUGAUUAGAGUGUGACGGAAAGACACAUACAGGGCAGGGAAUUAGGACACUAGUGAGAGGGAAAAAUAGCAGUUAAAUGCUGCAAAGGGUCUGAGUAUUAGUGACAUAAAAUAAUUCAGCAGUUUUGUGCUUCUAACUUCACCAAAAGAAAUGCAGAUCUUUCUAAAUCCUUUGUUCACACAUUUCUAGCGAUUUAAAGUGAAGAAAUUUGCUCUGAAUCAGACAUUAUUUAUUUUAAACAUGAAAAUGGGUAUUUUAUUGGUUUAUCUGGUUGAGUUGUUUUUCAUGACAGAUGUUAAAGCAAUUAAAAUGGUUGAUGCAUUUUUAUAUAUAAAUA